AUGGGAUAAGGAGGGAGUGCUUUUAUUCUAAAAGCUUUUAGUGAAUGGAACUUAUCUUUGGCUGUGAAGUUUAUUAAGUUAAACCAAAAUUAAUAAAAUCAAGAAGACUAUAAAAGAGAAUAUGAAAUUUUGAAAAUUUUUAAUUCUCCUUAUAUUUUAAAGGUUUUUACCUUCUACAACAAAUCUAAUAGUAAAAACUUAAGUUACCAAAUAAUUGUUAUGGAGAGAUGCAAAUAUGACUUGAGAAGAUAUAUAAACAAAGUAAUUUAUCCUUAGCAGUCAGAUAAUCUGUUGAAUAUUUAUCUCUUGUCUCUUUAAUUAGCUAAAGGUUUACAAGUGCUUCAUUAAAAUAACAUCAUUCAUCUUGAUAUUAAACCUGGAAAUAUCCUUUAUGGCUAUGAUUAAAGUUGGAAAUUUGCAGAUUUUGGAAUAGCAAAAGUAGUUUCAGAUGACAGAACUUUUACCAAUCAACUUUAAGGAUUUACUAUGAGGUAUUCAUCUCCAGAGCAGUAUCUUUUAGCAAUGGGAGUUCCUUCUACCAUAACCAGGGCUAGUGAUGUAUAUAGUCUUGGUAUUAUUUUCCUAGAGUUAACUGGUGUAGAUAUUACUCAAUAAUGGAUAGUGGAACAAAAAUCAUGUGCCUUAGAUUUCGAUGAAUACCUAAACCCACAAUUUGAGAGAUUUAAUUCUAUGAUAGUAAAGAAAAUGAUCUAAUUUAAACCAGAGAACAGAAUAUCUUUAUAAGAAGUUAUUCAAAUAUUAAGUGCAUUCAUAACUUAAUAAAUUUCUUUUACAAAAAAAUUAAUUAAUCCAAUGGUCAAAGGUUAUAAAAUCUCUAUACCUGUCAAGCCAAUAGUUAAAGCCCCUUAAGAGGAAAAGCCAUAGUCUAAAUCAGAAUUAACUAAUAUCAAAGAAGCUGAUCCUAAUAAAGAAUAGUCAUAAUAACAAUUAUAAUAAAUACCCUUAGAAGAUAAACAAUAGCAUAUAUAUUUAAAAUAAUCUAAAAGAUCUUUUCAUAACCAUAUUGAAAUAUCAUAAAAUGAACUUUCUAAUAGUCCGAGAAGAUUAAGGUCUAUUCAUAGAUCGAUGGAUUAUAUCUUAUCAGAAAGAUCGAAUAGCCUUUAUGACAAAAAGCACUUAUUGAUGUAAGAAAUAGAAAAUAAAAACUAGUUAAAACUUAAAUUAAAUGAAAUUCCUUCAAAAAAUAUUUAGAAGAGUUCACCAUAAAAUUAAUAGAGCCCAGCAUAUUUGUUUUAAAAACAAUAAAAUCCAAACAAAUAGUUUGAAUUCUCUAAGGCAUUAAAAGAUAUAUAAUUCAAAUCUCCUUAGUAAAAAAAUUUUUUUGUCACUCCUAUUGAUUAAAUGUAUAAAAAAUAAUGA